UAGAGAAGCGCUGCGGAGACCGCGGGAGCUCAGAGGCUGAUUGAGACUUUAGAGACAGCUGCUCUGUCAUAGUAGACGUAUAGGCAAGUUGUACUUUGCCUGCAGUGUGCAGACUUUAAGCGGGAGUUGAGAUAAGCAGCAGAUUAUAAAGGGAACCAGUAGCCGAGGCUUGAUCCAGCAGGUGCACCGAUAGUUGCUCGGUGCCCGCGCUGUAUUAAACAUCCCUACAUCAUGGAGCUCCCCGCCGCUGGAGAGCAUGUGUUCGCAGUGGAGAGUAUCGAGAAGAAGCGGAUUCGCAAGGGCCGUGUGGAAUAUCUGGUGAAGUGGAGAGGAUGGUCAUCCAAAUAUAACACAUGGGAGCCUGAGGAAAAUAUCCUGGAUCCACGCCUAUUGGUUGCCUUUCAGAACAGGGAAAGACAGGAGCAGAUCAUGGGCUAUAGAAAACGAGGGCCAAAACCCAAGCAUCACAUUGUCUCUUUGCCCUCUUUUGCACGGCGAUCCAGUGUUCUGAGUGGCCUUCAAGAUUCUUCUUCUGAAAACAGAUCUAAACUGGACAUGGGAUCCAUUAACAAGAGCCAGCCUCACCAGUACCAGUUAAACAGUAAGAAGCACCAUCAGUACCAGCCUAAUGGUAAGGAUCACUCAGAGAAACAUCACUCAAGCAGUAAAAGGAAGUACUACUACCAGCUGAAUAGCAAAAAACACCACCAUUAUCAGCCUGAUCCUAAAAUGUAUGAUCAGUACCCACCAGUAAAGGAGUCUCCAAGUCAGCUUUGCAUGGAUCGCAACAACCGACAUAGAGAAUCUUGGUCUCACACUCAGACUAUAGACUUAGUAGCACCAGUGAAAAACUGUACUGGCCCAGCUAUGAAUAGUUUGGAAAAAAAUGGACUCUCAAAUGGAGGCUCUAGUAGCCCAUGCAAAGAAGUGUCUGGCAAUGGAAUUGGGGGGAAAAUGAAAAUAGUGAAAAAUAAAAAUAAGAACGGGAGGAUUGUUAUAGUGAUGAGCAAAUACAUGGAGAAUGGGAUGCAGUCAGUGAAAAUAAAGUCCUCAGAGGAGGAAAGUGAUAAAGGCGAGCAGGGUCGGAGGGUUGACACACCAAGUGUCUCUUGUUUGGAUAGGACUUGCAAAACUACAGAGGAAAAACCAGAACAUUGGAAAAAGAGGUUAGAGCCCAAAAUAAGAAUUAAUGAGAGUAACUCAAAUGGAGAUAUGACUUCUGUUCAACUUGCUGGUCUUAGGAGGACAUAUUGCACCUCAGACAUUGCCUAUGAUCAGCCUCUUCAGUUGACCACUAAAAAAGAGUUGAGUCCGCGGUCAGAUGGUACAAAUGCUUCUCUAUACACAGCUAAUACCCCUAAGGAUUCUAGAAAGCGGUGUUUCUCUGAUACCAAUGGGUCAAGUGUACCCUGCAAGAAAACGCUCACCUCCCGUAGUGUAAGUGCCCCUGGUAAACUAGCGGAUCAAGUUCCCCAAACUCCUGUGACUGUGUCCCCUCAAGAACCAGAAAUAAUUCUCUUGGACUCUGACCUAGAUGAACCUAUAGAUCUGCGCUGCGUAAAAUCUAGAUGUGAUAGUGACAGAGAGGUGGAUAGACAUGAGCCCCAGGUGGGGCAGAAGCCCCAACCUGUUGUUGAAGAGACCAUAAUGGAGGAGCCCCUAGCAGAGUUUAAACCUUUCUUUGGAAAUAUUGUUAUUACAGAUGUUACUGCCAAUUGUCUCACUGUGACUUUUAAGGAAUACAUAACUGUUUGACCGUUUCUUCCUUUCAUAAAAGGAUAUAUGCUAGGAUGUUCUGACCAUGGACCCUGUAAAUGAAUCUGCCUUUAGUGCCUGGUUGUUCUAUCUUAUUCCUUGCACUACUGGGGUCUAGACUAUACUUUUUGUGCUUAGCACAAAAUCUCAUUUCAGAUCCUAAAAGCACUUACAAUAAUUUUUGGGUGUCUCCUUUCUAUUUUGGAUCCUUGUCAGACACUGUUUAUGGAUUCCAUUUUUCACCCUCCCUUACUGAAUAUUUAUUUGUUAAUAUUUAUAUGUGGAAAUAUAAUCAAACUGAGCUUCUAGAAUGUCUGUCUGUUUUUGGAUUUAUCCAUGUUUUUAUUAUAUAAUUUUUUUAUGUAUGGAUUCUAUAAGAACGGUUACUCCUGAACAUGAGAAAUGUGUAACCAUACAGGAUUUGUAUAUUUUGCUGAAUGUGUUGUCUUUUUGUGUGUAUAUAUAAAAACAAUGUAUGUUAAAGCCACGCUCUUUCUAGAAUAUGCUGCUAUAAGAAAUAAGUAUGCUUCCAGUAGCUGCUUGGAUGUAAAUAUUAAAUGUGGUCAUAUGAGCAGUCUGAGGUUGGUGGGAGUGUUGAGAAGGGGGGGUAUUAUAUCUCUUCUUCAAAACAGCUGCUAAAUAAUAAUAAAAAGUAUAUUACAAUUUAUAAAGAGCAAAACUAAACAAAGCUUUGUCUGUUUUGUGAAAUUUUAGUGAAGUAUGAAACUGUUACAGGUCCAAACUAUAUACGUGAUUUCUGCAUCAACGUUCCAAGUACCCCAGCAGAUCAAAGGUUAAAUAGUUUGCUACUGAAACACAGGGCGCUAGUUCCAAAGGACGUAGUUACUGAUUUACAUGCUUUCCGGAAUAUCUUCAUCUGGCAGUAUUUAAAAGUUGAGGGGUGAUAUGAUUACCUUAUGUUUCACAUCCUACAAUCUGAGUGUAAAACAAUACAAUAAAUUGAGUGAUCAUUUUUAAUGAUGUAUAAAUAUUUUCACUGUCCUUUUGGUUGAGUUUAUAGGACUUAUAGAAAAAAAUAUAUUGGUGUGAAGAAAAUAAGGUUAUGCAGUAUUGUUAUAAACCAAUAGACACAACAACCUCCCUUACCAAUGUAAAUAAAUAAACUGUCUGUAAAAGGUUUCUACCUUUUUAGCUUUGAAUGGUAAAUGAGGGGAAAUGUGUUUUCACUAUGUACCCGCAAACCUUCACAAGGAUGCUUGCAUGGGUAGAUUAGUGCUUUAGUACAAUAUUUCCCACUAUAAUCCUCAAGUGACCUUAGCAGAGCAGUUUAUUUUUAGAUCAUCUCUGCUGGUUGUUUUCUCUUGUUUAAUAAAAACACCUUUAUUUACCUGUGCUCUGGUAGGGAAAGUAUUUGAAUUAAAGAAUUAUAUGAAA